AUCGGCAACGAUACGAAUCUUGCCUGAUCUUUGCCAAGAGCAUUGUGGGGCAGCGCAAACGGUGGCUGGUCAAAUCGAAGAAAGAGUGCCUCUCUGAAAGUUCUCACAAAUCCAAACACCAGCAAACUAAAAGCAAUCAAACCAACUAGCCAACCCUCAAUCGCAAUCAUGAAGUUCACUCCCUUUUUCUCCACUAUCUUGGCUACCUCCUUCAUCAUUGGCACUUCGGCUGGAACCACCGCUAUUCGUGGAACCAACAAUGACAAUGGAGAAGCUCACCGCAAGCUUGUUUCCUUUGACACUAUUCUUUCCCUCUUCACCCCAGUUCUUGAUGUGGUUGUUCGCGGCGCCUUGGGUGCCAGCUUGGACCCCUUGGGUCUCUCCUUGACUGUGUCUCAAGAUGUGGACUUGGUGGUCUUUAGCGACAGCUGCACAUCUUCGGCCACUGUGACCUAUAAUAUUGGUGACUUGACUGGGUUGGGCAAUUUUGUUGUUGACAACUUGGCCAUUGUUGAUGGAAGUGCUGACAUUGAUGUGUCCUUGUUUUGGGGCACCAGCUGGGAAGCUACCUUCAAUGUGGAAGGAGGCUUGCCUGAAGGUCUGGAAGCCAUUGUGGAUGCUGAGAUCACUGCAGAUGCUUGUGGUGUCCCAUUCCAGCAGUCUGUCUCUGGAUUGUUGGAUGCAGUUGAUGCCCGUGUCAACUUUUCUGUAGGUACAUCUGGAUCCAUUCCUGGUUUCUUUGGUUCUCCCUCUGUAGAAUCUGCAACCUUUGCUGAUGUGGAUGUGACCUUGGGUGGAAUUGAAACCAGCAUUGAUUUUGAUGGAGUGGAGGUGGAUCUUACCACCAGUGGAUUGGAAGGGGCUAUCAUUGAUGCCAUCAUUGACACGAUUGUUGGCCCCUUUGCUGACAUUCUCAAUGGUGCCUUGGGUGGAGGCUUCAGCUUGUAAGCAGCCAUACACACCCUGAUGACCAAGAGUGAUGGAAGAAAUGAGAAAAAACAACAGAUACCUUGAAUAUGGAAAGAGAAAAUGAUUGCAGCAGCAACAUAAACCGUCGAAAAUAUAAUUGUAUGAAGAUUUGAAAAAGAGCUGCCAUCUGGAUGUGCUAUUACCACGUCCCAUCUAGCUAGCUAGCUGAAGUACAUAGAAUCUUGAAGGAACGAACUAGUCUCCCUCGAAGCUUUGCAUCCCCUCCCAUUGACGGA